AUGGCGCAGACCACAUCACCCGUCUCUAUAUUCACUUGGCCAACCCCAAUAUGCCCAUCGCUCGCGCGGAAGAAGCAGCGCCCGGCCAAUAUACGCAGACAGGCUUCGCCCGUCGUUAACAUUUCAAAGUCGAGUUCGCCGCCUUCUCAGUAUCAUUGGAGAUUCUCAGCAGCGUCCGUCCAAAUCAGCACGGAAUCAUUGUGCUCUUCGGAAUACUCUGGGAAAUUCGCCGUCGAAAGGAAUAUAUCGCGGUGGAAAUGGCUGUGCUCCGGUGACCUUGGCACGGACGGGGUUCCAGAUCGAUGGCAGAAAAAAUGGCUGGGAAUGGAGAAGGACACGUCCCGUGAAGACCCGCCGUUUUUGCUACAACAGUGGUUGGAGGAGAUUUCCUUUGAUCCAAACCGUAACGCAGAAUUCACGAAGCAGUAUAUUACCAGGGUCGGUGAUCUUGUCGCAAGCAUGCUGAAGUUCGAGCCAUCGGCAAAGGCUCAGGCAAAGGAGGUUCUGGCGGGUUCGUGGUUCAGGCAUUAG